AUGUCCCUCCGUCGCUUCCAGCCCCCCGGGCUGAGGGGGCUGCCGGUGCCUCCAAAGUUUGUUGUGGAAGAGGAGGGAACGCCAAGCGUAGUCUGCUUUUUGCAUCCACUUUGGCAGAGUCCGCUUACGAUUCCUGGAGGCACCCGGCAGUCUCCUAUCAAUAUCCAGUGGAGAGACAGUGUUUAUGACCCCUUUCUGAAGCCUCUCAAAAUCAGCUACGACCCAACAACGUGUCUUCACAUCUGGAACAAUGGGUAUUCAUUCCUGGUUGAGUUUGAUGAUUCUACUGAUAGAUCAAUAAUCGUUGGAGGUCCGUUGGAAAACCAAUACAGGCUAAAGCAGUUCCACUUCCAUUGGGGAGCUAUAAAUGAGUGGGGUUCAGAGCACACAGUUGACAGUAAAUUUUACCCGGCAGAGUUGCAUUUAGUACACUGGAAUGCUGUUGUGUACCCGACUUUUGAAGAAGCUGUAAUGGAAGGUAACGGCUUGGCUGUUAUUGGAGUGUUUUUAAAGCUAGGAGCACAUCACCAAGGGCUGCAGACACUGGUUGAUGCCUUGCCGGCAGUUAAACACAAGGACACUGUUAUUGAGUUUGAUGUCUUUGAUCCCUCCUGUUUGAUACCUUCAUGCCCUGAUUAUUGGACCUACGCGGGCUCUUUGACAACUCCCCCCCUUACUGAAUCAGUCACAUGGAUUAUUAAGAAGCAGCCAAUAGAGGUUGAAGAGAAUCAGCUGGAGGCAUUUCGGAUGCUGCUCUUUACUUCAGAUGGCGAAGAAGAAAAGAGAAUGGUAGACAACUUUCGCCCUCUUCAGCCAUUAAUGAAUCGAACCGUCCGUUCAUCCUUCCAAAGCAGGCAUCUCUUGAAUACUGAAGUGCAGCCCAAGGACCAUGCUGAGCAGAUCAGGCCAUAGACGGCCCAUGAAAUGUCAGUCCAGACUGCAAUACCUGGAUAUAACUGACGUUAUUUUUUAAUUAUUUUUCCUCUUUCUGCAGUGUGUGUAUGCCGUACAGUUUCAUAGCCAGCCAGUUUCAGUUCUGCUAAGUGUCAUGUGACCUUCAUUAGAGAAGCUGUGGGUUUUGUUAGGUUUGGUUUUUUUUAAGAAGUGAAUAAUACUAACUCUUAACAAAUUGACUUGCUGUAAAGCAAGGAUCAGUAAGGAAUUGUUUUGACAGUUAAAGGAAAAAUAAGGGCAGGAGAUUUCUUCCCCUGCCUCUUUCCUGAACUGUUUUGUGUCUUCACAUGCUCCUUCAGUGACUUGAGUGAAUUAAAAAUCCCAGCUAAAAACGUGUUAGCAAGCAGGAAGUGUGAAGAGGUGAAAAGUAUUACUAUUGAUCAGGUCAGUUUGUGGAAUUAUUUCAGAGGUUUGGGAAGAGAAGUAGCUUCUCUACUCACAUAUACAGAGACAUUUUAUCUUCUUCCUUUUUCAUCGGUGCUUAGGUUGACCAGAGGAGAAGGGGGGAAAAAAAUCACUUUUGGAAUCUAAGCUCUUUCCUAUUGACUGCAUGAUCCAUGUUUGAUAUGGAUGCCCCAACUCUUAUCUAUACCACAAGCCAGAAGACUUUUUCUAAAACCUUAUAACAAAUGUAGAAGCUUUUAUCUUUGGCAGUUUUUACUUUUCUGUAUUAAUAAUGUGCCAGGAGAAGAGAGCAGAAGAGAAUUCAUCAGUAUCUCAAGACUGGCAAGAGCAGUAAAUUAGGUGAAAAUGUCCAAUUGAUCCCAGGAUAUUGAUAAAAUCAAAGGAAAGCAAAAUUAGAUAAGCCCCAGCUGACCCUCCCAAUGGGAUUUUUUUGGGGGGGAAAAAAAUAUUUCUGAAACCUAACCCAGUGCUAGGAGAGUAUGGACAAAAUGCAGCAUUCAGAUACUUGAAAGUUUUUUUUGGUUUUGGGUUUUUGGUUUUUUUUUUUCAGUAACUCAUAGAGCACCAGUGCACUCUCUUCAAAGUUUUAUCUUAAGAUGUACUUUUCUUAUAAAAAGAGUUAUCUAGCUUCAUGACAACUGGGGACCAGACUGUAUUUAUAGCACCUUAUGGUAAUGAAGUUAAGUGGUGGUUGAAAUUUAUUUGUGGACCAGACAGAAUUGUUGUGUAAGCUGCCAGCUGUGGAGCCUUAUCCUAGAGUUAUGGUCCAAUUGCCACGAGUGUUAUCUACCUCUGAAGCAUGCUACUACUAGCCAUAAUUUUGUCUCGAGCACCUUUCUUACUGGCUUUAUGCAUUACUGUAUUUAACAGCAUGCCUGUGCAUGAAAUUCAUGUACUGGAUGUAUGGUCAGAUUUUCUGAUCAGGAGCAGGUCUGUCUGUAAACUCACGAUGUGAUCUUGAUUGUAUUUGAGGAGUCUUUUUGGAGAACAGAUGUUGCUUGGUCUGCUUCUGCCAGUAAGCAGUCCCUGGUGGCUGGUGUGAUUCAGCACAAGUGAUGCCAGGACGCUGGCUUGUCAAUGCUAAAUUCAGAACUUCAGAAUCUGUACCUUUUGUUUAAGUCCAAGUGUUCAGUUUAAACGCACUUUAACACUUUUUAGUGUGACCCUGAUGAUUUUUAAGGCUUUUGAAUAUUCUUGCUUAACCAGUUAAGUGCCCAGGUCCUACCUUUGCUUCCUUAAUAGCUCUACCUCAGGCUGUUGUUAUGCUGUGCCUUUCUCCCUUGGCAAUUUGAAAUGUGGCCACUUACCACGCAGAGUCACUGUAAGGUUAAACGUAAGAAAAUCACUCUUUGAUCCCAGCAUAGCAUACUUAUUUUUUACUGUGUAGUAUAUUCAACAUGGCAGUAUGUCUCUUCAGUUUUGUUACCUCUCCCAAGCCCUUACUGCUCGGUUGAACCGUACCAUCUUGGUUGAACUCUGGAGAACGGUGCCAUCUCUACCAGCUUGGUUAAACUAUACCAUCCCAGUUGAACUAUCCAGUGUUUGGCAUCAUCAGACAGACUUUUUACUGUGUUCCUGAUCUGCAGAAUCACAUCAGUGAUGGUUUUGCCAGAGAAUGACAGGUUCCGAAAUAAUUUUGGAAGGGACCUCUACAGUUCUGGCAAUAGGAAAACCAAUUCUUUUUACUUUCUGCCUGAGCGUACUUGACCUAGUAAUUGUUAAGCUUGAGGUGUUCAUUCAGUGGUGUUCUUGCAAACACUUUUCUGAGGUGGACUCCGUAGCAGGAUGGCAGUGAUUCAGAACUGGUACUUGUCUAUCUGAGAUUUUUGCCGCUCAUUAUUAGCAGUUAGGAAAAACUGUAAUAUAAAGUUAUCUUAAUGUUGCCUUCACAUUCAGAAAUACAGGUCACUCGGCAGCACUAAGCUAGCUGUAGGUACCCUGCAUCAAUAUCCCUAUCACAUAUAUUCAUAUAUGUGAAUGGAUCUUUUCAAAAGCUUCUUGCAAUUGCUCUAAGUUUUUUAGUUGUCUGGGUGAUUUUCACCAAGUUGUUGUGUACCUCUGAUCCACUGAGAUUGUUUCACUAGUUAAUACAGCUUUCCUAGCAUACGCAAAUACAAAAUACAUAUUUUAUUCCUAGGAAGCUCCUGUGGUGUAAAUGUUUAAUCUUCAGAUGCUUCAUAAUGCCGUAGUAUGCUCGUACCCAAUUGAGUUCUCCAUGGUUAGGUUUGCCCCACUGAACCUAAUUUUCGUCCUAGGUGUGUAAAUCUUUUUAACGUGCUCACUACCAUGCAUCCAUCAGAGAUGAUGGUGAACAUUCUGUUUUCAGUGAUCUAUUUAAAAUUCUCAGAGAGAUUUACUUUGUUAAAGUAUUGUCGUGGAAGUUUUGUUAGCGAAUAGGUGAAUUAUCCACUCAUACAGUUAAUAAGUUAUACUCCAUACCUACUUAGAUAAAAAUCACAUCUAAGUAUAGUAAUAUAAAAUCAAUCAAUUUCAAUUUCAGCACUGAUCGCUUCAAAUAUCUGGAAACAGGGUCAACAGAAAAAAAAAAACUAACUCUACUGUGCUACACAAAUGAGCUUUACAGGGAUUUUCUGUUACUGAUGUUGCUGGGUUUUGAGCCUUGCAUUUAUGUUUUAGCAUCUCCGGUUAAGGUAGGCAGUACCUCAGCUGCAGGACGGAUUGUUGUUGAAAUUAGCAGUCUGAUGAACAAGAAGGCUUUGGGGGUUUGGUGGCUUUUUUUUUUUUCUUUUUGACUUUUAUGUUACAAUGACUGUAUGGGCCUUGCAAAAGCUAACUUCAGGAAAAAUAAUUGUGCCUGCACGUGUAUGUAAAACAGGAGAUGGGAUAUAAUUCUUUUGCCUUACUCUGUCAGCUGUGUGUGUGGGGGAAAUGAUUGUUGGACUACAACUAAUACUUGUAAUGAUUUUUCACAACUAAGUUAAACUCUACUUGAAAGGUGUCCGCAUAGGCAUCUUUAGGCUCUUCUUUUAGAUGGUGCAAUACAAAAGGGUCAAAGCACAUGUUUGUAUUUGCCCUUGCAUAUUAGUCACUUCCAUUACUUAACACUUUACUGGGAGGCGUUCUUGUGGCAAUAAGUACUAGGAAUUAAAGACUGUAAUAGAAAUAAUUUUGAGGACAGCUUAUGAAAAUGGGGGUAGAAGGUUUUUGAGCAUAGAUCUGUGUCCGUGUUGGUCUGACUUCCAACUGCCUUUCAAUAUUUCUGUUAAAUACCGCUCUUA